AUGGAAAAUUUGUUUGUCAAGACUUUCAUCAAAUGCGCUCAACAAAUAUGUCAACAUUUGGAAUAUAAAGACAUCACUGCCCUUUGCUGUACCAAUAAACCGAUCAGUGAAUUCUUGAGUAAUCCUGAGAAUUCUAACGACAUUUGGCGCAGCGCAAGAUAUAAAUUCACAACGAUAUUAUAUACAGAUCCUCCCGAGGGAUUGUCGGAGCGCGAAUACGCAAAGCUUUUUAGUUCUGUCGACACAUGUCAAUGCUGUCGCAGGACUGAUAAACAGAAUUGGUUGCAGGAACUAAUGUGGGAUGGAGAGGCUCACUAUUGGAUUCCUCAUCUUCUCUAUUUAUCAAAAAAAUACACUAGUCUUAAGGGUAACACGAGGCUUGUAGCUAAGUGGAUAGAAGCCAGGAAGGCAUUUUUAAAUAGGUUAAUAAAGGAUGCACUUGAGCGACAUCGUAUGUUAUCUAGAACGACAUUCUCUAUAUUUUAUCAAAAGGAGCGAGUGGAGAGCGGGAAUAACAUCAAAAGUGUAGAUCCAUUGUCUAUUAAGACGUACGAUCGAGUGAAUUUGAGUGCGCCAUCAUCAUUGAAGAAAGCAGCUGUAUCCACGACAAAUCAUUUGGAGCCACAAUUACGCCAGGGGCCUUCUAAAAAGUUUGCCCCAGCGAAGGAGAAGAAAAAAAAAGCCGAGAGCAAAUUAAGGCAAAAAAAGAAAAAACUCAAAUUCAAAAAUAAGAAGGCAAAAGCCAAGGAAAAGAAUGCAACCGAUUCUCCUCGAAAUAAAGAAAAGGAUCAUUUACUCGCGACCAGCAAAACAACGCCCCAGACACAAAAAGAAAUUCCCAGUAAUACCGAACUUGCGCCACCGGAUGUACCCGCGACUGCCACGACGUCUAAUACCUUGAGUCCAACGGUGGAUCCAUCACCGGCGGGUGUACCUGGGCAAUUCAACCAAGUGAAUUCAUCAGUUUUUCCGAUUGAUAAUAUUUUGGGCCCCGCAAUUAAAUCCAAGCGCCGAGAAAUAUUGAAUGGUUUGCGCCAAUAUACUUUGACAAGCAACACGCCACAAGGGACAUAUGGAAUUAGGACCGACGAGCCAAUUUUCGAGUUUCUCCCUAUGUGUAACACGUUCAAAGCUCCCCCAUCCGAACAAAAUUUAUGGAUGAUUUAUUCUCCGCAAUUUUUAAGUGAUGUGAUCCAAGCGAUUCGUUACGAAGCCAUCAACAUUUCCCAGGUGUGCUCUGCAAAUCAACGACCAGGAAACGCGUUUACACUAGCCGGAGCUAUUGCUCACCGGUUUGAUCGGUAUCCAGUCUUCCAAUGCAAGAUCUGUAAACUUUCACAAGUGGACAUGAUUCAACAAGUGAAGAAUCACGUUGCCGUGAUUCACCAUAUUUACGAGGAAUUACCAACGAAUGCGAUAGAAGUAAAUGAAUUAAAAAUGAUCGAAUAUUUGGUCGAGGGGUUUGAUAUUUGA